CGUCAUGACAAUAACAAUAAUCUAAUCUGUAAUAGCAACAGCACCUUUUACGACGUUACGAUCCUUCAUGGCCUUUCCGAGAUACCCUCACUUUUCACCACCGUAUUCUUUAUAAUCGCAAGCCCUCCGUUUUCUCAAUCGCAUUCAACAUCAACCCUCUUCCUUUUGGUCGCCAUUUCGACAGGUUCACCGCUUGGCGGCUAGACCGUCGCGAUGGAUCAACCUCCGCCUCCGCCGCCGCAUGGCAAUAUUCCCCGGCCGGCAAAUUCCAACUUACCCCCGGGCAAAUAUGACAUAUUCAUCAUACCUCCGCACUCCUCGGGAUCCGGUUUCCUCUAUCUCCCUUCUUUGAAGCCGAACUUGAACAGCUUCGCCGCGGGAUUUGCUAGCGCUCUGGUUCUAGUCGUCCUGGGUCAGACCAUGGCACCGGUUUUUCACGUGUGGUGGAGCAGCUUCCAAGGAAUGGGGAAUAUGGGCAUGGUGUUAUUGGUGAUCGCAGUCGGAAUUGGGGCAUGGUCUCUGGGGAGAACGCAACAAGGGGGUGGUCCGGCGUCGGGGAGAGGUAAUGGGAAUUCUUGGGGGUACGAUCCCGGAGCCGGAGGUUAUUCUAGCGGCCCGAGUCCCAACGCUGGACCACCCCCCAAUGAUGAUACACCUCCGCCUCCUCCGCCUCACGCCUCACCGCCGCCGCCUCCUCGGCACGGGCCCGCACCUGGGACUCCCGGCGCGGAGCGGCCCAAACAAUCGUGGCAGCAGCAUGCGCAAGCCAACGAGCCUAAGGACGCGUCGCCAGAACCGCCACCGGAGCCUCGACGUCGACCACCGCAGGAACCAUCGCGAGAACCACCUCGAGAACCACCUCGAGAACCGCCGCGGGAACCGAAGCGAGAGCCGAAGCGAGAACCAAGACGUGAGCCGAAACGACAACCAAAACCGGAGCAGCGACCUGAGCCGCCUCGGGAACCCCGCCGCGAACCACCCCGGGAGCCAUCUCCAGAACCUGCGAAAGAGCCCCCACAGGAGCCUCCCAAGCCAAAACCCAGAUCAAAACCCAAGGAAGCUCCUAGAGAAGCUGCUCAAGAGGCCCCUAAGGAACUUCCUAAGGAACUGCCUAAGGAGGUUCAUAAGGAACAUAAGGAAUCUUCUAAGGAAUCUCCCAAGAAGCCAUCCAGAAAGCCCAAGGAGACUCCUCCAGAAAUCCCCAUAGAGCCCCUUAAAGAGCCCCCCAAGGAACCUCCUAAAGAGCUUCCUAAAGAGCUUCCCAAAGAGCUUCCCAAAGAGCUUCCCAAAGAGCUUCCCAAAGAGCUUCCUGAGGAGACCCCCAAGGAGACCCCCAAGGAGACCCCUAAGGAGACCCCUAAGGAGACUUCUAAAGAGACCUCUAAAGAGACCCCCAGAGAUCCACCCAAAGGCGCAUGGGAAAAGGCUAGAGAAGAAACACGGCGAAAAGAGGAAGAACGAAAAGCUAGGGAAGAGGAAUUAAAAGCGAAGGAGGCUGAAAGGCGCAAGAAGGAGGAACUGGCUAGACGACUAAAGGAGCUACGCGAGAAGGAUGCUCGAGAGAAGGCCAGACGCCAACAAGAAUCGAAGGAGAAGCAGGAGCGCGAGGCCCGCGAGAAGGAAGAGCGCGAAAGGGAGCAGCGCGAAAGGGAGCAGCAGGAGAAAGAGCGACGGGAGAAGGAACAGAGAGAAGCCAGAAUACGGGAAGCUAGGGAACGUAUACUGCAUGAACGAUUGAACCAAGAGAGAGCGCUCCGAGAGAAGCUUGAGAAGGAAGUCAAGGAGAAGGAGGCAAUCCGAAUCAAGGAGGCGAUCGAAGCAGCUAGGCUAAAGGCUAUAGCAGAGGCUGCUCGGCUGAGAGAGGAAGAGGCUGCGACGUUGAGAGCGAAGCUGAAAGAAGCGGAGGCUGCCGUGCAGAGAGAAGCCGAAGCUGCUGCCAAGCUGAGAGAAGCUGAGGCCGCCAGGGAAAGAGAAGCCGAGAGGCAAAGAGAGGUUGAGAGGCAGAGGGAAUUGGAGGCGGCUCGACAGAGGGAGGAAGCUGCUAGGCUAAGAGAGGCAGAAGAAGCUAGGCUUAGGGAAGUUGAAGCUGCUAGGCUAAGGGAAGCCGAAAGCAGGAGAGGUGCCUACGCCUACUCGUCGGUCGGGGAGAAAACAAACCCCUGGCCGAACGGAAAACCGCCGGUUAGGUCUCCAUCUCCUGCCAGAUCAAGCCCCCCUAGGCCAAGCCCGAGUACUACGUCUAGUAAGCCUAGUGCUGCAUCUACCAAGCAACCGAAUCCAGCUCCUAGCACAACCAAGACUUCGAGCGGCGUUAACGAAGAGACUUAUUCGUUUCGACCAUAUGAUCAGCCUAAGAACCAUACUCGAAGGCGGUCGGGCGAGACAACCUUCACAGAGUCAUCGUAUGCUCCAUCCCAUUCAACAGCAAGGACAACGCCGCCACCUUCCGAACACCCGCCUUAUCGGACCAACGACCCAGACAAAAUCGUCAUCAAGGCUGUUUAUAGCUUUGUCAACCAAUUCUCCAAGACACCAGCUUCUCAACUUAUUAGUGGUAUGGCACCUGUCACGGACGGUUUAAUUCUUCGCAUCUCGUCUGCCGGUAUCUUCAUCGACGACGAUGUCCGCAACGAGCCGCAGCGAGAUUGGGACGUCAAGGCGUGGACGCUUAAGACGAUGGAGAUAUGGUGCCCGGCACAUUGUGUUGUCGAGUCUAACGUCACUCCCAAAGUGACGCCUAAGAGCCGUUUCCGAUCUUCAAUUCGUGGUGACCCCAAAACCCUGACAGGUGAGGAUGCCGAGGCCUGUGUAAACGAGCUACUGCAUUCUUGCGGAGACGUGUGCCGUCAUGCGCCUCACGGAAGAUGGGAUCCUGCGUUGUCAAAUAUUAGUUCGCGACGACGAGGUCUGCACGUCCUGCGCGCCACAAUCCGAGAUCAGGACGGGAGGAGGCAUUUGUUUAUUGUUGACGAAGAUGAGGGCUGGAAGGUUGCACAGGGCCUGCGAAAACUCUUUCAGGGCACCCAACACCGCCAGCUAGGUAUCCAGUGCAUGGCAAAGACAGAGGCUCAAGGCAUUCUCGACAUGUUUGGCUGGUGACUUGGGACAGCAUCUAUGGGACAUUGGGAGAUAUUUAUGGGAUAUCAACUGGCAGGCGUGCGUGGAUACUGGAAUGCUACAGAUUUGCAGCAUUCCACCGGUGCCCUAUCUCCACACCGAUCUAAUUACUAUCCCUUCCCUGCAAGCAUUAAUUCUUCAUCCUUUCUAUUAUGCAUGGCGAUGCGGGUGCGGUGGCGUAUGAGAGGGUGAAUUGGUGAAUUUAUAAAGCACACGAUUCACGACUGAGCAAGAGGAACCGCAUGUAGAGUUGGAAAUUGCCACCAAUUGGACAGAUAGCCUUAAAUAUACCAUCACUGCAAGUUUAAGACAUUGGAAC